AUGAUGGCUGUGGGAGAAGUGAUCUACACGUUGUUGGAGGUGCUUAUUGCUGUUAGCUGCUGCCUUGGUAAUAUGUUGGUUAUUUUGGCACUGUGGACGAGCAAAAGCAUGCAGCAGCCUACCUUCUGCCUUAUUGUUUCUCUGGCUGUGGCUGACUUUAUGGUUGGCUGCACGGCCAUACCGUUGGCUGUGGUGGUGGACGGACGAGUGAAGACUUCAUUCCACGGCUGUCUCUUCAUCAGCUGUGUGGUCAUCCUGUUCACCCUCGUCUCAGUUUUGUCUCUGGUGGCUAUUGCAGUGGACCGAUACCUCCGGGUGUAUGUCCCUCUUAGGUACAAAAGGACUGUAACACAGAGACAUUCUUGGCUGGUGGUAGCUGUAUGUUGGCUUAUUGCAGUACCACUGAGUUUUGCUCCCAUGCUCGGAUGGUACAACCAUGAAACCUUGUCUAACUCAGUCAACUCUACUGUUGUCUGUAAGUUUAUAGCAGUGAUCCCCAUGUCAUACCUGGUUUACUUCAGUUUUUUCCUCUGCAACCUCACACCCCUGUUGGCGAUGACUGUAUUAUACGGCUAUGUUUUCUUUACUAUUCGAUUAAACCUUCGAGAGAAACCAGGCAGCAGUGUCCUAAACCAGUCUCAGAACUACCUGAAGAAGGAGAAACAGCUGGCAGGAUCUCUGUCUCUGGUCUUGGCUCUGUUUGCCCUGUCGUGGCUCCCUCUCCACAUAAUGAACUGCGUUGCUUACUUUGGUGGGCCGAGUGAUGUACCAGAAACGGCUUUCUAUGUCGGCAUCCUGCUCUCUCAUGCCAACUCAGCCGUAAACCCAGUUGUGUAUGCGUUCAAAAUACAAAAGAUCAAGACAGCGUACCUGAAGAUCUGGAGAUGGUUUAUUGCAUGUGGAGAAGAAAAUCAAGGAUCUCAGACAAGCCGGACAACAGACAACAAUCUCAGUAGUAACAUGAACAGUGGCCAAAAAUGA